CUCUCCGCGGAGCCCGAGCCGUCGUUUCAAGCGCUCGUCGCGACGCUGCUGUCCGUGCAGUGCCGCGACGGCGUCGCGCUGCGAGCGAUGACGCGGUUACGCGACGCGCUCGGAGGGCAAUGCGUCGUCGCCGCGGUGACGGCGGCGACGCGGGAGACGAUCGAAGACGCCGUGAGCUGCUGCAACUACAAGCGGACGAAGGCGAGGUACGUGAAGGAGGUCGCGGCGGCGAUUCGCGCGAAACACCGCGGCGUCGUGCCGAGGACGGUCGUCGAGCUGAAGACGCUCCCGGGAGUGGGACCUAAGAUCGCGCAUCUCGUCGCGUCCGUCGCGUUCGGCGAGGCGAGCGGCGUCGUCGUCGACGCGCACGUCCGCCGCGUCGCGUCGCGGCUCGGAUGGACCACCGACGCGGAGUCCCGCAGCGCGGAGGCGACGCGCGCGCGAAUGGAGGAGUGGCUGCCGAGGGAGGAGUGGGAGCGCGCGACGUUGGCGCUCAUCGCGCACGGGCAGGAGACGUGCGACGCGAGGAAACCGAGGUGCGGCGAGUGCGCGGUGGCGAACGCGUGCCCGUCCGCG